AUGAGCCGAGCCAUUUCGCCCAGGUACGCCGCUGUCGUGGUAGGAGCUGGCCCAGCCGGCGUGGCAGCGCUUGGAAAUUUACUGGAAUUGGGUCUCACCAAAAUCGCCUGGGUCGACCCGUCAUUUGAUGGCGGAAGGGUGAACAGGAAAUAUCGUGAGGUUCCUAGCAACACCAAAGUAUCAUUUUUCCAGGCAUUUGCUACUGGCGCACAGCCGUUCCGCAACAUUAUUCAGAAAACACCGACGCCUAAUGCCUUUACGGUAAUGAACAAGCUGGAACAAGGCGAUACAUGCUCCCUGCAUUAUGCGGCGGACAUGUGCAGAGCCUUGACAGAUGGACUGCUCAAUUUAGACCAAGUAUCCCAGUACCGUGGCACCGUUGUUGCUGCCGAUUUGAAGGAGAAAACAUCAAACUGGGCUGUCAAUAUCAGACUGCAGGACCCUUCCUCAAAUAUCGAGGUGAUAACACCUCGACUCAUUCUCUGCACCGGCUCGUCACCAUCCAGCCCGGCACUGCCAAUAUCUGGACUGUCCAUGGAGCCACUCGACCUGGACACUGUUCUGAAGCCCAGUGUUCUGUACGAGCAGAUACCCAGGAAUGAAGCCACCACUGUCGCUGUCAUCGGUGCAUCGCACAGCGCCAUUCUAGCCCUCUUGAACCUCUUUGACCUUGCCCGCACAACUCACCCAAACCUACGCAUCAAGUGGUUCACCCGCCACCCGCUCCGAUACGCCGAGUUCAUGGACGGUUGGAUCCUGCGCGACAACACCGGUCUCAAAGGGCAAGCCGCCCAAUUUGCUCGCGAACAGCUGGAAGAUUCGCGUCUGCCCAGUUCCGCGGCAGGACGUUUUAUCGAGAAAAUCGACACUAGCAACAACAAGGAAGCAGCCGCGUACGAACGAGAGUUUCCGGCAUGUACACACAUCGUCUACGCAAUCGGGUACAAGACGGACCCCCUCCCAACGCUUACCAGAAAUGGAAAGCUGUCAUUGAAUAAUAAGCUAGAAUGGGACUCGCAAUUCGGCGGGUUUGUGGAUGGGCAGGGGGAAGUGGUCCCGGGCUUGCAUGGAGCUGGGAUUGCGUUUCCGGAGAGAGUGGUGGAUCCAUUGGGUAAUGUUGAGCAUGCAGUCGGCUUUUUCAAGUUUAUGAAGUUUUUGAAGAGGGUGGCGCCGCAGUGGGUUUGAGGUAUUCGACUUGUUAUUAUUAUGAGACAUGGCGUUUAAUAUAUUGUCACUAGCCGUUGAUAUCAAUUGAAAACAUGGAUUCCUUCGUAACCAUAUAUUCAUCAAGCUGAGAUCAUCUGGUAAAGGGGAGUUUACUGGCGCAUAAACCUAUGGCCUGUGUUUAAAUGCCUAGUCUCCAGACUUUUGUGACUAUCGAUUGCCAGCACUGAGUAGCG